AAGAACCACCGUAAGCACCAGAACUUACAGCAUCGCCGGCCGCCAAGAAUAGCCUCGUUGACGGGACGGUCGACCGGAACAUCAGACAGUGCUGACGGAUCCUUAGGUGCUGAGUUCGGGGCGCGGGCACUUCCCAGUUCGCACUCUUUGUCACUUGGCCGAGCCGCAAGUCAUUUUAUUUUCUCCCGGUUCUUUCCCGGGAAACACCGCUCCAAGAUUCAGUUGAAAAUGUCGUCGUCCAAACAGCUGAUGCUACGCAUACGGACCAGAGAGGGUCAACAUCGGAUUGAUUGUCUUACCAGUGACUCCACGCUCGCUGAAUUGAAAGCAGUCCUAUUAUCCUUGACUGGCGAGCUCGUGGAUAGAGUUCUGGCCGGUUACCCUCCAUCGGCAAUUAGUCUUGACCAAGAGUCUAGAACGCUUGAAGAAGCUCAAGUUCGCUCAGGGGAUACCCUCACGGUCGAGUCACCGAGUACCGCCGGGGGUGCUUCGGGUUUUUCGAUGAAAGCAGAAGCGAAACCGACGGAAGAAUCCAAUCAGGUCGCUCCAUCGACCUUCGAUGCGGGCUCGAAUACCGCCGCAGGGAUCCUGAUGCGGCGGGUGGUCCCUUCGAACAACUCCUGUCUUUUCACUUCUGUGUACUUCGGAAUUUCGGGUGGCAAGUUUGAUAUCCGAGCGGGAGCCGAUCUGCGACAGAUAAUUGCUGAAGCUGUCGCUAGCGACCCUAUCACAUACUCCGAAGCUUUCCUCGGCAAACCGAACCGGGAAUACUGCACAUGGAUUCUUAACGAAGAUCACUGGGGUGGUGCCAUAGAAUUGGCUAUCCUCUCGAAGCAUUUCCAGACGGAAAUGGUGGCGGUUGACACACAGAAUGUUCGUUUGAACCGUUUCGGUGAAGAUGAGAAUUACAGUAGACGGAUUCUUCUAAUUUACGACGGCAUUCAUUACGAUCCACUGAUGCUAGAGUCCCUCGAAGGCAACGGCCAAGUGACGACCUCGUUCGACAUAAAUGACACUAGUGUACUGCAGAUGGCACUGGAGCUCGCGAGGGAGGCCAAGAUGUCGAGACAAUUCACAGAUGUGCAAAACUUCACGUUGCGGUGUCUAGUUUGUAAUAAGGGAGUAGUUGGCCAAACGGGAGCUCAAGCUCACGCCAAAAGCACCGGCCACACGAAUUUCGGCGAAGUUUGAUGACGAUUCCCAUCGACGAAAAUCUAGCAACGCUGCAAUCAACUGAACUUCCAACGAACGAAGCAACAACCUACCAACCAACCAGCCAACCGAUACAACGAUACCGUUUUAUACGAUUAAUUUUGUAACGUACGGACGAGCUCUUCCUGCGCCGACGACUGCUUUAUAUUCGAACGACAGAGGAACAGUUUUUCGAUCUCAAACAAAAAACGGAAAGUCACAUGUGAAUGAGCAGAUAAUGAUGACGCAUCGAGGAGAGCUACGGCUCGCUCUUCUCACGACAGGCCCGGUAAUCUUGCCUUGAAUAUGUAGAAUGUUGGGAAAGUUUGUCGGUCAUUUUGAUCAGGCUCAGGUCGAGCGUGAUCUCCAGCGUCGACUAUGCCCGAACUUAUCAUUUUGAGAGAUAAUAAUCUUUUGUUUCGCCAGAUAUUUUCUUUUC